AUGAUCUUCGUACCGUUGUCGUUGUGCUUUCGUACCGUUGACAAAACGUCUUUACGUUGGUACACCAAAAUUUUUGUUUUAGCCCCCAUGCGUUCAUCACCUCAUUUAACGAAGCGAAAAUUUACAAACGCUCAAAAAAUCAUAUUAGGCACGCUCACACACAAAAUGGAUGAUCUUCUGGUGCUCAAACUGGUCACGAAGGACGUGCCGUAUCCCAACACGAAAGUGUAUGCCGAGAGGGGUGUAGGCACGGUUGAUGAAAUAUUUGGUAAGUUGGAUGAGAUGUACUGCAGUGUAAAAGGAUUGAAGGAUGGUAAGCAUUUCUAUGUGGAGGAUAAUCGGUUCAUAUCACGGGAUAGGUUGGAGAGUGGAGGGCUGGCGGUGAACAACAAAGGGAAGAGAAAAAAUGAAGAUAGAGGUAAAAUGGGGACGAGAAUGAAUUUUAAGGGGAAGAAGGAAGAGGUGGUUAAAGAUAGUGGGUAUAACUUUAAGGUUGGGAGAAAGAAUAAAAGACGGUAG